GAACCCCAUAACGCCUAAGAAACGACACCGUCUCUCACUCUCACAGUAAAAUGUUUUCUUGGUAAAUAUCACUUCUUCAGAAGCUUACGUUUGAUUUGAGACCAAAGCUCUGUGAGAGAGAGAGAGAGAGAGAGAGAGAGAAUGGCGAUGGAGGCGGAUAAUGGAGCUUUCAUGGAGAAAUUCAUACUAGAAGCAACCUCUUCUUCAUCGCAUGAACUUCCCUUAAAAGGCCUCACCUUUGCCGUUAAAGACAUAUUUGAUUUGGAUGGAUAUGUUACUGGGUUUGGAAAUCCCGAUUGGGCACGGACCCAUUCAGCUGCCACCUCAACAGCUCCGGCAGUUUUGGCUCUGUUGAGGGAAGGUGCUACAUGCAUAGGUAAAACUGUCAUGGAUGAAAUGGCAUACAGGUUAGAGUCAAACACCCUGUUCUUAUACAUGGCUCUUUUGUUGUUGGAAGGAGUUUUUGGAUGUAUAAAUGGAGAAAACAAACAUUAUGGGACACCCAAAAAUCCAUGUACACCAGAUCGGGUGCCUGGAGGAUCUUCUAGUGGAUCUGCUGUUGCAGUUGCUGCAAUGCUUGUAGAUUUCUCCUUAGGUACUGACACUGGAGCAAGUGUAAGAGUUCCUGCAUCAUUUUGUGGGAUUUUGGGGUUUCGGCCUUCUCAUGGUGUUGUUUCAACCACUGGGGUCAUUCCUAUGGCACAAAGUUUCGACACUGUUGGAUGGUUUGCUAGGGAUGCAGAGAUCUUGAACCGAGUCGGGCGGGUUUUACUACAGUUGCCUAUUGUGGAACUUGUGAAACCUAGCCAUAUUAUUAUUCCAGAAGAUUGUUUCCCGCUUCUAAGCAUCCCAAGUGAUCGAGUAACUACAGUUCUUGUUAAAUCAGUGGAGAAAUUAUUUGGGGGUCACAUUGUAAAGUAUGCAAGCCUCGGGGACUAUGUUAAGGACAAUGUUUCGACUUUGAAGCAUUUCAUGGUCGAAGGAGAUGAGAAUCAAGAAUAUAAUGUUGCAUCCUUGGUAGCCCUCUCAAAUGCACUGAAGGAGGUUCAAAGGCAUGAAUUCAAGAAUAAUCAUGGUGAGUGGGUAAGUACAGUCAAACCUGAUUUAGGACCCGGUAUAUCCGAACGUGUGUGGGAAGCGAUGAGGUCAACAGAUGAAAAUAUUGAUGUCUUCACCUCUGUGAAGACUGAAUUGCGUGCUGCUCUCACUGCUCUCCUAGGGGAUUUUGGUAUUUUGGCAAUCCCCACAACUCCUGGCCCUCCACCGAAGUUACAGACAGAGCAGACUACGCUGGAAGAGUUUGGUGCCAGGGCUUUUAGCUUGUUGUCUGUUGCUGGAGUAUCGGGCUUUUGCCAGGUGAGCAUUCCACUAGGGAUGUACGAUAAUCUUCCCGUGGAAGUUUCCUUGUUGGCAAAACACGGAUCAGAUGGGUUCCUGCUACUUUACGAAACUCUCAAAAAACAAUUUGAAGUCGCUCAAGAAUAGAGUUACUGAAGUUGGUAUCAUGUUAAUAUAUGUUUUAUCUUUUCAACGCUUCAAUAUAUAAAAAUAGGAUUCCCAGGAAAAAUCUAUGAUACACACCCCAUUUUGGAGUGUGUACUAUAUGCCCCAGUUAUGAUAUUGUGGUAUUUAGUUAUGACAUAUUAUGAUGCUGGUUAUGACUUAUUAUGGUGUUAGUUAUGACUCAUGAUGAUGUUAAUUAUGCCUUAUUGUAAUUAUUAUUUUGAUUAUGAGUGAAAAUGUGUUUGAUAGCUUA